CGGGCACAGAGCUUAGCCACAGACACCACAGACGAGGCCGCCGCUUAACGAUGUGGUCCAGUGACGCCUUCUGUGGCUUCCUGGGGGUGCUGGUGCUCGCUCUUCCUUGCAUGGUACUUGGAGGUUCGACGCCCCAGUUCGCUGCGCCCAUCCAGAACAUCACAGUAGCAGCUGGGCGUGAUGCUCGGCUUUCGUGUGUGGUGGAGAAUCUCGGUGACAACAAAGUGGCUUGGACCUACGUCGGCAAAACAGGGACGGCGGUGCUGACUAUAAACUCCGUAGUGCUGACUCAGAAUCAGCGUGUGUCAGUCUUACGAGAACGAGGUGGCCUGUCCUGGUCGCUCAUCAUAGCUAAUGUGUCCAAACUCGACCAGGGGGAUUACGUGUGUCAAAUCAACACAGUGCCACAACAGAAGAUGUAUACGCAUAUCUCUGUCGUGGUUCCACCAAUCAUCCCAUCGCCUCCAAAUGACGUCAUAGCCAAUGAGGGCGAAGGCGUCACCCUUGAGUGCAGCGCCAAUGGAGACCCAGAACCCACUCUGACCUGGAGAAGGGAAGAUGGCGCUUCCUUCUCUCUCAACCGCUCGCAGGUUGUGGAUGCUGCAUCUGGUCCCCGGCUUACUCUCGCCCCCGUCACUCGGGAUGCUGCCGGAGCCUUCCUCUGCGUGGCCACCAACGGCGUCCCUCCAGCUGUGUCCGCUCGCACUCAGCUGUUCGUGAAAUAUGCUCCUGAGGUGGGCGGCGGUACGGGCGUGGUGUGGGCGAAGCCACCAACACCACCUCCAUCCCCAUCACCUAUCACCAUUACCAAACUAUGUUCUCCUGCCACGCCCUCAGACGGAGCUCGGGACGACUCUGACCUCUACGGAAACGGAACCUCCAUCCUGGUGUUGAAGAACGUAGGGCCGGAGAACUUCGGUCACUAUCGCUGUUCUGUGACUAACGAACUCGGCCAAGACAGCGUGACACUUACGCUUGUCGCACACCGCGACCACCACAUCUACAACCACCACCACCGCCAGAACUACCACAUCUCUGACCACAAACUCCCCUUCUUCAUCCUGUAA